AUGCUGUCCCCCAAAGCCGCCGCCCUCUUCAACUUUGCCCUGCUGGCCUCCGCCGCCCCGGGAGUCGCCCCGGGAAAGCGCCAGUCGACCGGCUCCGGAUCCUGCACCGACCUGCAUAUCUUCCUCGGCCGCGGAUGGAACGAGGGCUACCCAGGCAGACAGCAGUCCCUUGUGGAAGCCACCUGCAAUGGCCUCUCCAGCUGUGACUACGAAGACAUCCAGUUCGACGCGACCAACCCGUCGGGGUACCCUGCCGCGGUUGAGCAGGGCCGUGUCUCUGGAGUCGCUCAGUUCAAGGCAUACAGCCAGAGAUGCCCCAACUCCAAGAUCGUUCUGAGUGGCUACAGCGAAGGUGCCAACAUUGUUGCAGACAUCCUCGCUGAUUCCGGAGUGGUCGCCAACGCCGCUCCUGGAAACCAGGUCUGCGCCGCUCUCCUCUUUGGCGACCCAACUCACGUCGCCGACCAAAGCUAUAACGUCGAGGCCGGCUCCGGCUUGAGCGGCGAGAUGGUCCGGUCGGGCUCCUCCCUGAGCAACCUCAACAACUUCGCCGGCGUCCUGCGCUCCUGGUGCAACGGCGAAGACACCGUCUGCGCCUACGGCGAUGGGAGCCGGACGAUGGGCGAGGACGCCCACACCAACUACUUCCAGCUCUACACCAACGACGCCGCCGCCUACAUCAAGCAGAAGUGCGUCCCCUCCGGAACGACUCCGCCCACGGCGACCCCUACCUCCGGCCUUCCCGCGCCUACCUCGACGGGAUCGUUCUGUGUCUCUGGCAAGGUCAAGACCGGCCUGUCUGACAACUACACCGGACUCUGCGACUUUGCGUGCUCCUACGGAUACUGCCCCGACGGUGUUUGUGAGUGCUCUACGUAUGGCGAGCAGAGGACUAGCCCUGGUGGAGACGGCCGUGAUGGAUGCCCGGCUACUGGUUUGGAUGACAGCUACAAGGGGCUUUGCAGCUUCAGCUGUAGCCACGGCUACUGCCCAACCGGAGCUUGUGUGUACUGCUAA